AUGCCGUUAUCGCGCAAAGCAGCUGUACUGAUCCUGCUGUUUGCGGAUCCUGCCGGCGAGCUGAGGGUGGUCAUCACCAUGCGCGCCAGUACCUUGAGCUCAUAUUCCGGCCACGCAGCUUUGCCGGGUGGGAAGGCGGAAGAAGGUGAAACUGCUUUUGAGUGUGCAAGGCGCGAGGCUUCGGAAGAGAUAGGUCUUCCUAGGAAAGCAUCAGCUUUGCCUUCGCCGUUUAGAGUCGAGCACUUGUGCGAGAUGCCGACGAAUCUUGCGAAAACGGAGCUUGUCGUGCGCCCUUGCGUUGCUUUUCUGCAUUCAUACGAUCCCGAGACGGGAGAGGACGCCAAUGUCGCAGAAAGAUUGCUUCCCAGGUUGGAUGCAAGGGAGGUUGCCGCUGUAUUUUCGGCUCCCUUCAGGAACUUUCUGUACAUGGAAGACUUGCCGGGCGAGAAUCUUCCUGGCAAGCCCAGCGAUUGGUACAAGGGAUCGUGGACGGAUUGGCACCAAAGUCAAUGGCGAAUGCACAACUUCUUUGUGCCUGUCACAAACCAGCUCGUUUCAAAGCCGAAGAAGAGUGAAGGGCAAAAGGCCGCUGCUGACCGCCUGGACAAGUAUUCGCGGUAUCGCGUCUUCGGUAUGACGGCCCGGAUCCUGGUAGACGCCGCACGCUACGCCUAUGACCAAGAACCCGAAUUCGAACAUAACUCUCAUUUUGGCGAUGAAGAUAUGAUCUGUCGGCUGCGAAGAGUCGGGCGUCUGGGUGAAGUGAGGAAGCCGACGGACGAGUUGACAAAGGAAGAUUUGCGCAAAGCCGCCAAUCUGUAA